AUGGUCAGUGUGCUCUUCUGCCUGCACACGGCUCUGUGUCCUGGCUCUGAAUUAAGCAGCUGCCUCUGCCUCUACCCAGCAAGACUUACUCUUUGCCACUCCAUGUGUCUCCCCAGAUCCUGCUUCACUGAGGUCCAGUACCAGUACCUCCUGGUCUGGCUGUGCCUGGAUUACCUGUGCGACAUCAUGUACAUCAUGGACAUAAUCGCCAACUUCCAUACAGGUUUUUUGCAGGAAGGAAUCCUGGUCACGGACAGACGCCUGAUCGCCGGGUACUAUGUCCGCUCUUCUAAAUUUCGCUGGGAUCUUCUGUCCAUCCUUCCCACCGACUUCCUGUAUUUCAGAUUUGGCAUCCACACUCCCGCAGUCCGGGUCAAUCGCUUCCUACGUUUCCAUCGUCUCUUUGAGUCGUUUGACCGCACGGAGACGCGGAUCCCCUACCCCAACGUCUUCCGCAUCAGCAAGCUGAUGGCCUACAUCUUUGUGGUCAUUCAUUGGAACAGCUGCAUCUACUUCUCUCUCUCCAGUUACAUAGGGUUCGGAAAGGAUGAGUGGGUGUACCCCAACAUCUCACACCCCGACUUUGGACGUCUGGGGCGUCAGUAUCUGUACAGCUUCUACUUCUCCACCCUCAUCCUAACCACGGUGGGGGACAUCCCUGCUCCCAUGCAGGAGGAGGAGUACAUCUUCAUGGUGGUGGACUUCCUCAUUGCCGUCCUGGGGUUUGCCACCAUCAUGGGUAGCAUCAGCUCCGUGGUCUCCAACGUGAACAGCGCGGACAAGUCUUUCUACCCCAACUACGACCAGGUCAAGCUGUACAUGAAGAUGUACAAGGUGAACAGGAGCCUGAAGAAGAAGGUCAUCGCCUGGCACCAGCACCUCCAGAUCAAUAAGAAGUUGACCAACGAGAACCAGAUCUUAGAGAAUUUGCCGGAGAAGCUAAGGGUGGAGGUGGCGGUCAGCGUCCACAUGUCCACCCUCAGCAAGGUGCAGAUCUUCCAGCACUGCGAAAAGAGUUUACUGGAGGAGCUGGUGCUGAAGCUGAAGCCACAAGUCUACAGCCCCGGGGAGUACGUCUGCAAGAAGGGGGACAUUGGCCGCGAGAUGUACAUCAUCAAGGAGGGGAAGCUGGCUGUGGUGGCCGAUGACGGGGUCACGGAGUUCGCAGUCCUCGGGGAAGGCAUGUACUUCGGAGAGAUCAGUAUCAUCAAUAUUAAAGGUAACAUGUCUGGGAACCGCAGAACUGCUAACAUCAAGAGCAUUGGCUACUCAGAUCUCUUUUGCCUCUCUAAGGAAGACCUUAAAGAUGUCCUCACUGAGUACCCUGAUGCCAAGGCCAUGUUGGAAGAGAAGGGUCGGGAAAUUCUACUCAGGAUGAAUAAACUCGACGAGAACCUGGCGGCUGAACUAGUGGCCAAGCAGCAAGAGCUGGACAACAAGGUGAGGAGGCUGGAGGUCAACCUGGACUCCCUGCAGACAAAGCUGGCCCGGCUGCUGGCCGAGCUCGAGUCCAGUGCUGUCAAGAUGUGUCAGAGGAUAAAGCGCUUGGAGUGGGAGACCAGCUUGUGGGAAGAAGAGGAGUCUGUGGAGGAGGCUGGAGAUGGAGAGUGAUCCGGUGUACUAAUUAUAAACCAGUGCAACAUGGAAAAAUAUGCAGAUAAGAGAUAUCAUCAGGGAAGAAGAAAGCUGACACUGUGUCAUCCACAGAUCCCCCCAUAGCAGUGUCAUCCACAGAUCCUCUAUAACAGUGUCAUCCACAGAUCCCCAUAACAGUGUCAUCCACAGAUCCCCCCCAUAGUAGUGCCAUCCAC